AUGCGUCUGUUGUAUCGGAUAGUUCCUCCGUCGCACGCAGCAGAGAUUAGCAGCUUAAUCAAAUAUUUCAUCCCUUCUUAUCGCAUCUUAGGCUCAAUGAUAAUUGACCUCUUCGUUCUGUCCGGCGGGUUACACCAAGAGUUCGCCCCCUUACACACUUCGUUCCUGACUUACUCUCUCUUUUCACUGACCAGCUUCACUCACUUUUUCACCUGCUUUGUAACCUUUUUUCUCUCCAUACGGAAAGAAGAAGAUCCAAGCUUAGGGGAAGCAAAGGAAUUCGAAGAUCAAUACAUGCAGCUGUUCGGAUGCAACACCGGAUCCUUCCCAAUACGCUAUUUAGGAAUACCGAUUCACUAUCGGCGUUUGUCUAAUAGUGACUGGUUGAGGGUACAAGAACGGUUGGAAAAGCGCCUCAGUAGCAGGAAAGGGAAAAACCUAUCCACGGGAGGCAGGCUGACGCUAAUCAACUCGGUUCUUAGCAGCUUGCCAAUGUAUAUGAUGUCCUUCUUUGAGAUUCCAAAAGGAGUCCGUAAAAAGUUGGAUUACUUUCGAUCCCGCUUCUUUUGGCAGAGCGAUGAACACAAAAGGAAAUAUCGGCUAGCAAAGUGGGAUAUCCUGUGCCAACCGAAAGAACAAGAGGGCUUAGGGAUACAAAACUUAGAACUAAAGAACAUAGCAUUGCUCAGCAAAUGGCUGUAUCAUCUGUUAACUACAGACGGCACGUGGCAGCAGAUCCUACGCAACAAGUAUCUAGGGACAAAACCUUUGGUGCAAGUCCAUUGGAAAAGCGGGGAUUCUCAUUUCUGGGGAAGCUUAAUGAAAGUGAAAAACGAAUUCCUCAAAUUCGGAACUUUCACCAUGGGUCUCAAGAAGAAACAGGAUACGGUGGGCGAGGUGCUUUCGACACCACAACCCAAUCUAUCCUGGCGCAGAGAUCUAAUAGAAAACAACUUAGCAAUAUGGAACAAUCAGGCAACCCGACUUGCCGCCAUCAACCUUAGCCAGGAGGAAGACGAGUUCAAGUGGGAUUUAGACCCAGCAGGUGUCUUUUCAGUCAAGACACAUUAUAGGGCGCUAAUCAACCAGAAUGUUCCCAAUGUUAACAAGAAGCUGUGGAAACUUAAAACGCCGUUAAAAAUCAAAAUCUGCCUUUGGUACCUUAGGCGAGGAUUCCCUACUCGAGAAGAAGGGCCGCCUCACUAA